AUGGUGCGACUACGACACUUCUACCGUUGGCAGAUUAAGGGGAUGUCCAUGCACCUGAACUGGUCCGAUCUAAUCCUCCGUCAGGUUCAAACUACUUCACAGGUCCUCGCCAACACCUCGACCUUGAUAUCUCUCCCCAACCCAGGAGCUUGGGUCGUCGUAGCCAUCGAAACUAACCUGGACGUGCCCACACCCAUCCCUCUCCACGGCCAUGAUUUUCUCAUUACCGCACAAGAAAGUGGAACCUAUCAACUACCACAACAUCAUGGUCUAGCCAGGCCGGCAGGAUCACUCCCCAAGCGCGAUACAGCCCUUCUACCAGGGUCGGCAUAUCUAGUUUUAGCCUUCCGGACGGAUAACACGGGUGCAUGGCUGAAGCACUGUCUUAUCGGCUGGCAUCUAGAGCAGGGUUUUGCGCUAUAG